AUGGAGGAGACAUUUCAAAGUGCGUGUGAUCAGAAUUCAACAACCUGUCAUCAAUACCAAUGGUCGUCCAGGGAACCAGCAGUAAAUGUUUACACUCCUGGUGGAGAAUUUUUGGCUCACACCGAUUCCCAAUCCUUGACCAUCCUGGUGGCCCUCACUUCGCCCUUGGAAGACGGUGGCACUGCUUUUUGGUCGCAAGACUCCCGUGGCCAUCGCGUCGAAGGUCCCAGCCUCGUUCUACGACCUCCCGUCGGGACAGCACUCUUGUUUGGUGGCUGCGUGACGCAUGCUGGAAUGCCGACAUCCGCUGGGAUUCGUAGUGUCUUGGUGGCAAGCUUUAGCUGA